AUGAAUUUGAUUACAACUGUGAUAAUCACCGUAUUACUCAGUCAACGAUUGAUACAAUGCGAUGAAUGCGAUGUGAAAUUACUUAAAACGGCAUUCCCGGAUCCGGAUUAUUUGAUAUAUGGAUUAAGGGAGGACAGAAGCAUUCUCCUUUUACCGAGUGAUAUUGUAAAUAAUGAUUCGGUGAGCGAAAAACUACCAAGUUUAUUAGAUGAUGGCCUUUCAAAGGGACCAGACAUUAAUCAUUACGACGCGAUGUUGAUUGAAGUGCACGGCUUAUUACAAUUUAUAACUAUAUGGCAAGAAAUACAUAGCACUGGAAGAUUGUACACGUUUACACGUCUCUCGUAUUUCGAAGCGUUUCGAUUGGUGUUCGUACCAACACCCAGCAAAAUUGUAUAUGAAGCAACGUUUACAACAUUGAUGUAUUUCUCUGAUUUGGCCCAAAAUUAUUUCAUUUUUAAAACUACCGCUGAUAACAAGGUCUUUUUUUAUCAGAUAGGUGAAGGCCGUACUGGAUCAUAUCAAAUUAUUUUUGGGAGGGCAGGAACGAAAUUGUUCAUCCAGAAAAUAAACAAAAUUACUGAUCCAUGGGUUAAUCCAACUGCUAACCUUAUGGCUAUAAAUAAAAAAACAACCAAAUGGCUGGCACGACGUCAAAAAUCAGCGGUACCAUUAAUAGAUUGUAUUGCUGAAACAAAGAGUAAAUAUGGAGUUGGUAUUUUGUACGGUCGUAAAAAUCUGGUCAAUGAUUAUUAUGAAAUGGGAGAUUCGGCUUUUGAUUGUAAAGAAACUAAGUGCAAGAAAGGACUCAGAAACAAUGGUGGAAAAACAUAUCAUGAUAAGGAAGUAGAUGCGGUACACACAAAAGGGUCAAUUUAUUUGGGAUUUCGAAAUGGUUACAUAUUUUCCUAUCGAGUGAUUAAUGAAAGGGAAAAAUUCUCGGAAAUAUUGUUUUCACUCGAUCUCGCGCAUCGUACUGCUCAGAAGGAAGAACUGGAUAAGGACGAUGAAUUACAUUUGUUUUCGACCGAUGGCAAAGAAGCAAUUGUGGUAAUUUGUGGUCCCACAACAUAUUAUCGAAUAUAUAAUAUUAAUCCAUGGAAUGGUAUUAAAGUUAUCUAUUUAAAAAAAGAUGAUAUGACUGUUGUCAAGACACUAAAAAAAAAGUGCCGAAAAGUUGAUUAUAAUGCGAAGCAUGCCAAACUGAUCUUUUUCAUUGAUACCUCUACAGCACAUGAACUGAAGCUUACUUUUAAUCAUGAUGGAGUUUUAAAAACCUAUCCGGAUCCAAAGCUGAAUCGAUUUGACAAUUAUCGUGGAAGCCUAAAACCAUUCGAAGGCAUCGAAAGUCAAUGGCCACUUCACCUUCGAAAUGGCCGAACAUUAUUUUAUAAUGAAAAGGAUAAAAGCAUCGAGAUGAAAUAUGAAAUUAUAAAUUCAAGCCUAAAAACCGUCACCCACACAAAAAAACUCACUAAUUAUGGCAAUUAUGUCAAGGCGCUCCUAUAUUUUCCCAUUGAAUAUAUCGAAAAUGAAUAUAUAGAAUUAUUCCGCAAAAAAACAGAGAAAUAUCCGAUAUCGUUCUACGGGGUAGUUAAUUGUACCGUUUUUGUGAUAUUGAAAUUUGAGGACUUCGAGAAAGUAAAUUUGAAAGGCAGUGGAUGCGAUAAAUCGUAUAAGAUGCGUGCAAUUCUCAUCGAUUCGUAUAUAACUGUUCUGCGUACUAAAGAUGGUGUGAAUGUUGAAGGAGUACGAAUCAAAGUAUCGAUUGAUUACACGGAUAUUGAAAAAGGGAUCAAGGAAUCAGGAGUUGUUGCUUACACGCAUAAUUUGAUUGAUUCGGAAUUCGAGAAAAAUAAUUCAUUCACUAUUGCACCUAAUACAUUUGAUACCAUUCAUAAUAUUGAUGAGUACACGUAUUAUCAACAUAAGCCACGUACGGAAUGCAAGUAUCACUUCAGAAGACGAAAAAUUACAAGGAGUGUACAAAAAGACAUUAAAGACUUGUCAUUUCCCGCAUUAGCGGUAUCAUACAAAAAAAUCAUGAAGUAUCCUUGCGAUUUUGAAAUGUCCUCAGCGAUGUAUGAUGAGUCGGUUCCUGGAGUAGUUUACGUGAUGAGGCGCAAAACUGAAGCUGUGCUAGUGACACCGAAUACGAUAAUUACUGAUACCUUGAAGCAUGCUCAAAAUGAAAAGUUCCUGUCUAAUUUCAUCUAUUCUACAUCCUUUCCAUAUGUUCUUUACAACGAUUCCAAAGGAGCCUCAGUUUUAAGUCUCGAAAAUCCUAGCGACAUAAAAAUAACCUUCAACACCACAUUUGAUACUAUUGGUAUAUACACCGGGAAGAUUUUGUACCGAGAAGCUGAGGCAGCGUAUAUUUUGCAUUCGGAAAUAGAAGCAAUAGAAGAACGAAGGAAUGAUACGGUAGCUGUGACCAAAGCUGUAGCUAAACAAGAUUUUGAAAAAGCUGCGUUUGGAAUAGAAAGUGAAAUUAUUGAAAGGCCAGAAUUUCAUACUCAAAAAUGUCGACUUGUUAAUGCGCCUUUUUUUAUGGCAUUUAUACUAAAAGUUUCCGUUUUGGAUAUGCUGCUUUUAUUGAUUUUAAUCAUUCUUGUUAUUUAUCAUCGAGCACAUAUUAUACCUGCGCGACGUCGCUAUAAGAUUAAAAUGGGCAUUUUAAAACAUCGUAAGAAGCGUAAGCUACGUGAUCGUGCACGUCGACGUUUGCGAAAACUUAAUUUGUUACGCCGAAGAAAAAAAAUAGUCGAGCAGGAGACAGAAGCAAAGCGACAAGCAAAGCUUAUUGCUGCGGCAGUUGGACAAUUGGGCGGUGCAGCUGCAUCAACUACAGAGAAAAAGAAGUCUUCGUCAUCCAGUAGUGAUCUAAUAACAGCUGGAGCUGAACGCAAUGUUCAGGUCAACGUAACGAGCAAUUUACAGGGCGAAGAAGGUACGAGUCCUAGGCCAGAAAAGACCUAA